CUCCGCCCCAUUUUACCAACAAUCAAAACCCUCAAUUGGAGUCGACACCGCUAUAUAAACCCUAACGAUCUAGAGAGAGAGAGAGAGAGAGGCGGACAAGGUAUCUCCAUCACCUUCGCCUUGAUCUCCGUCGAAGCGUUUUAAACCUAGUCACAAUUCAGACUUCAAAGGGGGGUGAUUGGCUGCUAACUAGAUUGGAACUUGAGUUGUUAAUUAACAAGAGAGAUGACAAGGUUUCAUGUCAAUGGAAAAGUUGUUGAUACUGUUGAUUUGCUGAGGAAGAGACACUGGCCAUGGCGAUUUGAUUCAUGGCCAUUUGCCGUACUUUAUGCUACUUGGAUGAUUGUUAUCAUACCCAGUUUAGAUUUCCUUGAUGCCUUCAUAAUUUUUGGAGGUUUGGUUGUUCUCCACAUAUUGGUGAUCCUCUUUACUGUAUGGUCUGUGGAUUUUAAAUGUUUCGUUCAGUAUUCAAAGGUUAAUGAUAUUCAUCUUGCAAAUGCAUGCAAAAUCACUCCAGCCAAAUUUUGUGGUGCUAAAGAAGUAGUACCACUACAUUUCCGGAAGUUGGCAGGCUCUUCAACAGAGGAGAUAUAUUUUGAUUUCAGAAAGCAGUGUUUCAUCUAUUCAAAUGAGAAAAACACUUUCUGUAAGCUUCCUUACCCUUCCAAAGAAUCUUUUGGGUAUUAUCUCAAAAGCACUGGACAUGGUACUGAAGCUAAAGUUCAAGUUGCUGCUGAGAAAUGGGGACGCAACGUAUUUGAAUAUCCACAACCAACAUUCCAGAAAUUAAUGAAAGAACACUGCAUGGAGCCCUUCUUUGUAUUUCAGGUUUUCUGUGUGGGACUUUGGUGUCUAGAUGAGUAUUGGUAUUAUAGUCUUUUCACCCUCUUUAUGCUGUUUAUGUUUGAGUCAACAAUGGCCAAAAGUCGGUUGAAGACUUUAUCAGAACUUAGACGUGUGAGAGUAGAUUCUCAAGUGCUAAUGGUGUAUCGUUGUGGGAAGUGGACAAAGGUAGCAGGAACAGAGCUUUUGCCUGGUGAUGUUGUGUCCAUUGGUCGUGCUGCUGGUCAAGAUGGAGAAGAAAAAUCUGUCCCUGCUGACAUGCUUAUCCUAGCUGGCACUGCUAUUGUAAAUGAAGCAAUCCUAACUGGCGAAUCCACCCCUCAAUGGAAGGUUUCAAUAAUGGGAAGAGGACCUGAAGAGCGUUUGUCAUCUAAACGAGAUAAAAACCAUGUUCUUUUUGGUGGCACAAAGAUACUGCAGCAUACUCCUGAUAAGACCUUUCAUAUGAAAACUCCCGAUGGUGGCUGUUUAGCAAUUGUUUUAAGAACUGGAUUUGAGACAACUCAAGGGAAACUCAUGCGGACUAUUUUGUUUUCAACCGAGAGGGUUACUGCUAACAGCUGGGAGAGUGGGUUCUUCAUUUUGUUUUUAGUUGUUUUUGCAAUUAUAGCAGCUGGAUAUGUUCUAAAAAAGGGGCUUGAGGACCCAAACAGGAGUAGAUACAAGCUUCUUCUGAGCUGUUCUUUAAUUAUAACAUCUGUGAUUCCCCCUGAAUUGCCAAUGGAGUUGUCAAUAGCUGUUAAUACCUCAUUGAUUGCAUUAGCAAGACGUGGUAUAUUUUGUACAGAGCCUUUUCGUAUACCAUUUGCUGGGAAGGUUGAUAUAUGUUGUUUCGACAAGACGGGAACAUUGACAUCUGAUGACAUGGAAUUCUCUGGAGUUGGUGGACUGAGUGCUGAUUUAGAUCUUGAAACAGACACUAAAAAAAUCCCAACUCGAACUUUGGAAAUUCUUGCUUCUUGUCAUGCACUUGUUUUUGUGGACAACAAACUGGUUGGUGAUCCUCUUGAGAAGGCUGCAAUCAAAGGGAUAGAAUGGAGCUACAAAUCUGAUGAGAAGGCCAUGCCUAAGAAGGGAGGUGGUAGUGCAGUUCAAAUCGUUCAAAGGCAUCACUUUGCAUCUCACUUGAAAAGAAUGUCAGUUGUUAUUCGUACAGAAGAACAAUUUUUUGUGUUUGUGAAGGGUGCACCAGAGACCAUUCAAGAAAGAUUAAGUGAUAUACCCUCGUUUUAUAUAAACACCUACAAGAGGUACACACGUCAAGGCUCUCGUGUCCUUGCUUUAGCAUAUAAACCACUUCCUGAUAUGACGGUGAGUGAAGCUAGAAACUUGGACAGGGAAGUAGUGGAAACUGGACUCACUUUUGCUGGUUUCGCGGUAUUUAAUUGCCCUAUCAGAGCAGAUUCUGCUACUGUCUUGGCUGAAUUGAAAAAAUCAUCACAUGACUUGGUUAUGAUUACGGGUGAUCAAGCAUUGACUGCAUGUCAUGUUGCUCGUGAAGUUAAUAUAAUCUCAAAACCAGCUUUGAUUCUUGCUCCAACAAAGAACAAGGAACGAUAUGAAUGGGUUUCACCAGAUGAAACGGAAGUUGUGAGCUACAGUGAGGAAGAAGUUGAGGCUUUAGCAGAGGAUCAUGACCUCUGUAUUGGAGGCGACUGCUUUGAAAUGUUGCUGCAGACUUCUGCUGUUGUUAAAGUCAUUCCAUAUGUGAAGGUAUUUGCCAGGGUGGCUCCGGAGCAAAAAGAGUUGAUAAUGACAACUUUUAAAUCAUCCGGGAGAGUAACUUUGAUGUGCGGUGAUGGUACUAAUGAUGUUGGAGCUUUGAAACAGGCACACGUAGGAGUAGCACUACUAAACGCAAUACCUCCACCAAAUCCCGACAACAAACCAACACCCGAAACAAAACCCACCACCAAAUCAAAAAAACCAAAACCCACCACCGAACCAAGCUCCAGCACCACCAUCACCGCCACUCCAACCGCCUCCAACCGCCAUCUAACACCCGCCGAAGUCCAAAGACAGAAGCUAAAGAAGCUAAUGGACGAACUAAACGAAGGAGACGACGGUCGUUCCGCUCCCGAUAGUCAAACUAGGCGACGCCUCCAUGGCCUCACCAUUCACCGCCAAGCAUGCCUCCGUCUCCCCCACCACCGACAUCAUCCGCCAAGGCCGGAGCACCCUCGUCACCACCCUCCAAAUGUUCAAAAUCCUCGGCCUCAACUGCCUCGCAACCGCCUACGUCCUAAGCGUCAUGUAUCUCGACGGAGUCAAACUCGGCGACAUCCAAGCCACCAUCUCCGGCGUCUUCACCGCCGCGUUCUUCCUCUUCAUCUCCCACGCGCGCCCACUCCCGACACUCUCCGCGGAACGCCCCCACCCCCAACAUCUUCUGCUACUACGUCUUCCUCUCUCUCCUCGGCCAAUUCACCUUCCACAUCCUCUUCCUAA